AUGGAUAAUCACGUUAUUAAAGCUCAGUUAUGGGAUACAAGCGGUCAGGAGCGUUACAAGGCGAUUACGAGUGCAUUCUAUAGAGGAGCUGUAGGUGCUUUGUUAGUCUAUGACAUUACCAGGAAAUCAUCAUUUAAUCAUAUCGCACAGUGGUUAGAAGAGUUAAAUGAACAUAUAGAGGAUUCUAUCCCACUUGUGCUAGUUGGAAAUAAGAUAGAUUUAUCAGACACAAGUCGUGCUGUGAGUACAGAAGAAGCAAAAAACUAUGCAUCAAAAUCGAAAAUGAUGUUUUUUGAAGCAAGUGCUUAUGAUACAACAAACGUGACUUUGGCAUUCGAGACUAUGUUCAACCAGAUUUAUAAAGAAUUAUCAAAAAGUAAACUAUUGAAAAGGAAUACAUCACGAGAUGUACAUGCUUUACCUGUAAAUACAGUCAACACCAUCCGCCUACGUCCACCUUCUGUUUAUAACAAUAACAAUAGCUUGACACAUGGUAAAAAAUCUGAAAAUAAAUGCUGUUCAUAAUUUUCCUCCCUUUAUCAUUUUUGAUAAAAAGAUGAAUAGAGAUUAUCACUCAAGAGUUCCCAUAGAUGAGCAAUUGCAUAAAAAAAGAGAGGUACCCGAGAGAUAGGAGUAAUAUGAACAAGGUAAAAAUUUCCAAAAAGGUUGGUGCGUACCACACACUAGGACUGCUGUCACAGUUCGCUUUUUGAAAUCAAGUUUGGAUGAAGUACGCAUUAUA